CUUGCUCGGUCUCCGUUGCGCGUCCUAACCGUGGAUGCAUUUACCCGUGUGCCCUUCUCGGGUAAUCCGGCCGCCGUGGUCUUCCUGCAGGACGAUGCGGACAUUGGGGACGAGACGAAGCAGGCGAUCGCGUCCGAGAUGAAGCUUUCGGAGACUGCCUUCGUGUCCAAGACGGAACAGCACGACGACUUUGACAAAUCUAGCAGGUUCAAGCUCCGCUGGUUCACCCCGCAGAACGAGGUGCCGCUGUGCGGUCACGCCACGCUGGCCACAGCGGCAGCCAUCUUCGGCGAGUGCGGAAAUCUGUCGGAAGAGCUGGUGUUCGACACACGCAGCGGUCUGCUGAAGGCGUCCAGAGGCCCGGACGACAUGAUCUCGUUGGACUUGCCGGCAAGAACCACGGUGGCGGCUGACCGGGAAAAGUACGGGCAACUUGCGGAGGCGGUGGUCGGUAAACUUCCCGUAUGUGAGCUUCGCUACUCGGCCGACGAGAAGAAGCUGCUGGUGCGACUGGACGACCGCUGCACCAGGGCGAUGCUGGAGCAGUUCGUCCCGAGCCCAGCUCGGAUGCUUCAGCUGGAGACGAGCGGGCACAUCAAAGGCGUCACGGUGACUCUGAAGGGCGACGGCGAGCGUUACGACUUCAUGUCGAGGCACUUCUGUCCCUGGUACGGAAUCCCGGAAGACCCUGUUACCGGUUCCGCUCACACCGUCCUUGGACCUUACUGGGCAUCGGUCUUGGGCAAGGAAGUAUUGCGCGCGAGGCAGGCGUCGGCUCGUGGCGGAGACCUCUACCUGAGGGUCCCGGCCUCCGGGCAGCGGCUGCAGAUCGGGGGCCACGCCACCGUCGUGCUCCGGGGCCAACUGCAGCUUUGAUCUUCGUCCUGGAGAGCCAGUUCUGUUGUCAGUGAAGCUGUGACUGGGCCGACCAUAAAAGCCUCGCUGAAUUGGCUCUGCCUCCAUCCAGUCUCUGACAAGGCGUGUGAUAGAGUCAUACAAUUAUUCGUGUUACAAGCAAAUUAUUCUUCAAAAUGAUUUGCUUGCACGAGCUCUUUUUGCGUGGUACGUGUAAAGGAACUACGGGGUCUUAUUAAAAAGUAACCGGAU